UUCAAUGGGUAAAACGCUGUCCGAGACAGCGUUUUAUGCCCUGUUUUUUUUUUUAAAUGAAACGCUGUCCGGGACAGCGUUUCAUGGCCAUAUAUCAGCAUGUUCACUUCAGCAGAAUGCGCAAGAACUCAACCUCAACCUCAACGCUUUCCCUCCUCCCUCUCACACUAAACCACGACCGUACUCAAACACCCGCAUUGCCGCCGCCGCCCACCCUUGCGCCACCGCUGCUGCCGCCACCUUGCUGCUGCCCUCCUCCCUCUCACACUCACUCACUCAAUUUCGUGAUACGAUGGACGGUGAAGAUCGUACGCCUGGACCCGUUGACCCUUCUGUGCUUACACUACAGGGCACACACCGCAGCGUUGCCGUAUGGGAUCAGACGGUUGAUCCGGCAAAGCAGCUCGUUUGCAGGCAUUACACCACCAGGUUCAUGGUGGGGUGGGGAAUCGAUCCUCGCGUUUUGGCGUACGUCGAGUUUGUCGGUUUAGGUGGUUUUCACCGUAUGGCGUAUAGGGAGAUCGAUCGAGCGCUUGUCACUGCGCUCGCGGAGAGGUGGAGACAGGAGACGCACUCCUUCCACCUACCUGUUGGUGAGACGACCGUUACGUUACGGGACGUGGCGAUUCUUACGCGCCUUCCAGUACAUGGGUCUGCGGUGACAGGACACGCGUUAGUCGAUCCCGUCGGUUUGGUUGGUCGGGUACUUGGUGUCCAGCCAGGUCCCGCCGAUAUUAGGGGAUCCGGGUUGAGGACCGGAUGGGUCCGUGAGACUUUCCGUGAGCUACCACCAGGGGCUGAUGACGCCCAGGUUCAGAGAUACGCCCGGGCGUACUUGUUCUUCCUCAUCUCGGGCGUGUUGUUCGGGAAUAAGAGCGGGAGCCAUCUCCAGCUCAUUUACGUGCAGCUGUUGGACCACGACUGGGAUCAUAUCCGAGGCUACAGCUGGGGUAGCGCCUGUCUGGCGACGUUGUAUCGCCAGCUGUGCAGAGCAUCCCACGUAGGUGCUAACGAGAUUGGAGGUCCCCUGAUUGUCCUCCAGUUCUGGGCUUGGGAGCAUAUCCAUGUAGGCAGACCAGGCAGACCUGCGAUACACCGUCAGGGGGAGCAGGACCAGGACGACCAGUACCAGGCGUACGAUGCUCCCCCGCUCCCUACACCGGAUGAGGCAUAUGGUUGCAGGUGGGUGGUACCCAGGCUGACACAUGCUCAUGCGGCGAGGGGUCUUCCGUAUUACCGAGACGCCCUAGACCGACUCACCGAGGACCAGGUGACAUGGGACCCGUAUGUACCUGACUUGGUAGAUGCCAUGCCUCCACAUCUGCUAGACCAUCAGGCGGAGUGGCGUGCUAGGGUCCCCCUGAUCUGUUUCGAGGUUGUGGAGAGUCACCUGCCCGACCGAGUCAUGAGGCAGUUUGGACUACGCCAGACUAUCCCACAGGGGUGUGACACUAGUGUACAGCUUCACGGCAUUGAUCGUCGGGGAAAGGGGGAGACCAGCUGGGCGCUGGAGCAUUGGCGUUUCCUUCAGCUAUGGGAGCAACGGUUGGAGUUCAUCGUUGGAGGUGAUCUAAUGCAGGGGGCUAUGGAUCCGACGAUCCGUACAUGGUGUGUUAAUUUGGUGGUUGGACUGUUGUUGGGCUGUUUCGAGUUUUCUGCAGUGCUUAAAGUUGACGGAACUCCCAGAAUAUGGUGGUGGUACGUGGUGGGGAGUGGCGGAGUUGGUGGUCGACGGUGGUGGGGUAGGGCUGUGGAGCUGGCUGUUGUGGUGGCUGUUGGAGGACUGCAGCAUGCAAGCUGUUUGCUGAAGCUUGUUUUCUGCCUGGAUGCUGGUUGCUGUUUCCAGCAGAAAAGCGCUGUCUGA